CUGAGACCCGCCUGGUUGUGAUUUCGGAACUCGGUCUUGCCAAUUUGUCGACAACAUGCUAAAGCUUCUCGGCACAGCAGCCCUGCUCGGCGCAGCACUCGCGCAGAAUUCGUCGUCUCUUCCGACAGUGGAUCUUGGAUAUGAGAUUCACCAGGCAUCAACCUUCAAUCAAACCGGUGGUUUCUACAAUUUCUCCAACAUCAGAUAUGCGGCACCACCGGUCGGCCAAUUGAGGUUCGCUCCUCCACAGGCGCCGGCCGAGAACAGAUCCUCGGUCAACACUGGCACACUCAACAGGAUAUGCCCUCAAGCCGGCCCAGCAUGGUCCGCGCAGGCCACAACGUUCCUGACUAGCCUUAUCCUUGGUGUCCAGUACAACACGAGCAAUGCCUACGUGCCGCCAGGUGCGAAUGCAAGCAGCCUGGUCCCAGCUGCGGACCCGCAAGAGUCUGAAGACUGUCUGUUCCUGGACGUCUUCGUUCCUGAAGAUGUUCUGGCCAAAGCAGGGAAGGGCUAUGGUGCUCCUGUUCUUGUAUGGAUUUACGGAGGUGGCUAUACCGGUGGAAGCAAGAACUACAACCCUGCUGGUCUCAUCGCUGCUUCUGGCAACUCUACGAAUGGCGACGUCAUCUAUGUGUCUAUGAACUAUCGUCUGGGUGCGUUCGGAUGGCAAGCUGGUCCUUCGUUCCAAGCGGAGGGUGGGACAGCCAAUCUCGGCCUGUACGACCAGCGCUUCGCCCUCGAAUGGGUACAGAAGUACAUCCAUCUGUUUGGAGGUGACAAGAACCGCGUCACAGUUUUUGGUGAAUCAGCUGGUGGAGGUAGCAUCAUGCACCAGAUCACAGCGUAUGGAGGCCUCAAGGGAAAUGCCCCGUUCCAGCAAGCGAUUCCGCAGAGUCCUGGGUGGCAGCCAGUGCAGUCCAACGUCCAGCUUGAGGAUACCUACCGCAAGUUCCUGAACCUCACCAACGUCACAUCGCUCGCCGAACUUCGUGCUCUGCCAUACGAGACCAUUCGCCGCGCCAAUGUACAACAGAUCGCGUACGACACUGCUUGGGGUCAGUACGCGUACGGUCCGAGUGUCGAUGGCAAUUUCGUCCCGCAGCAGCCCGGACAGCUACUCGCCCAGGGUCGCUUCGACAAGGACGUCAAAGUGAUGGUUGGUCACAACUCAAAUGAGGGACCUCUGUUCACAGCCCCUUCGAUCCAGUCUGAUGCUGCACUCCGCAAGCAGCUCAACACUGCCUACCCGCACAUGCCCAACUCCUCCGUCGACUACCUCACCAACGUUCUGUACCCCCCAGUCUUCGACGGCUCGCUCCCUUACAAGACUCAGUACGCGCGCGCUGUCCUGAUCAUCAGCGAAGGCGUCUUUACCUGCAAUACUUACUACCUCUCCAAGGCCUACAACAAUGAGACAUACUCGUACCUCUUCGCCGUCCCGCCCGCAUUUCACGGCUUCGACAUUGCAUAUACCUACUUCACCGGCGGGGCUGCCAGCCUUCUGCCUACCGGUGUGACGAACCGCACCGUUGCGCUUGCGCUCCAGGAGUUCAUCACGAGCUUCGCUGAGAAGGGCGUGCCUGAGGCUCCAGGCAUCCCUAAAUUUGACAUGUACGGCGAGAACGCGAGUGUGCUGAGGCUCAACAUCACCGGUAUCGACGAGAUUCGCGACUCGAACGCGAACAAACGCUGUGACUGGUGGCAGUUGGCCUUGGUAUCGUAGACUAUCGCGUUCCGCAGAUGGCAAACAAUAGUAACGCUGGGUACAUGAUCAUAGACGCCUAAUGUAAUAAUGUGCAUACGAAAUUGUGUCGCUUCGAAUGGAAACACUGCAUGCGAGGACAUGACUGAAGAAGCUUCGAAGCUACAGGAGUCUCGUACAUCAAGGUAGUUCAGUGAACCGUGCAGGAGCUCCCCAUCAUCAGAACGAGGCUGCAAUCACCAGGUCCCUUCUCACGGUAUUGCCCGACAUCGAAGACGACCUCAACACAUGGCUUCUCGCAUGUGCA